AUGUCCGUCGUGGCUACCGUGACCCAGCGGGUCUCUGAGAAGGCAAGCAAAGAUACGCAUGAUUCUGCUAGAGUUUCUCGGUCGCUAACUAUGGAUGCGCAGACCAUCGCUCCUAUGCAUACGUUCCCCGUCACAGAUCUCUAUGUCUGGAGACACGAGGAGGGAACCAUGAUUGAAAUGCAGAACGAAGAGGCUGUCCUGCAGCGAUUCAACCAACAGCGCACACCAUUUCAGGCUUGGCCUCUAGCUCCUAUCCCUGGCCUUACGACUUCGUUUGCCAAGUCUUGGAUGUUCCUUGUGAAGGUCCCCAAGAUGACUGGCGACAUGAUCUUCCCUGCUAUGGCUGACCAUUUCACUGUGGACAUGGAUGCCACCAUUGAGAACGCCAAUGGAGUGUUCUCCCUAGUUCAUCUUCAUGCAACGCGAAUCCCCAACCCCUACCAAGACGCCAAGGAUCUCCCGGAUUCAGCCGUCUCCAGAUGUGCUGCCUUCAAGGUCGACGUACCUCGAUCGUGGGAAGAUAAAGAUGGAGAACACGUUGAACUCGAUCUUAUGGGCACAAUGCAGUCCGUCUCUUCCCUUGAUGACUUUCAAAAUCUCAAGUUGAGUGAGGCAUCCCGCCAGACCAUCACCAUUACCUGGGAUACGUUCUGCAACACUUACGAGGCCGAGCUCGCUGCUAUGCGACGAUUUAUUGAAGAGCCGCGACUGGAAGAGCGACAGCUGUCGGCCAAGGCGAAGGCUGCCUUUGAGAUGAUCCUGGAUCUUAAGACCCCAUUCAGGACUCACUACAACCUUCACGAAGUAUUUCCUCACCUCAAGAAUCCUUUGUACCCAGGUCAUCGGAUUCCAGAUCUCAUCGUUCAGCGCUUCAAGGGAUUCAACGCGGACCAUCGUGCCGCCUUUGACGGCUUGACCAAGAUCCCCAACGGCCUCUACUUCGUCAAUGGAUGCCCAGGAGCUGGAAAGACUGAGUGGAACAUGGUUGUCUCCGCCAUGAUUCAGUCCAAGCGCCGCCCUGGAUCCAAGAAGCGACACAGUCCUAUCCUCUUUGUGGUGGACCUGAACAAGACCGUCGACGAUGCGGCGGAUCGUUACUUCAACCUCUGCAAGGCUGCAGGACUGAAGCUCCGCAUUGUUCGUAUGCACGGAUGGCCGUACGAGAUGCGAAACAGCGCAAAGCUGAACGGAUCUGGAUCUGACAAGGACGAUGAUUCUGGCUCGGAGCCGGACUUUACCAAGAAGUUCUUGACAACUGCAAGUCUCGCCAAACACACCAACAUGGAGCGAAACCUCAACAAAGCCCCGACGCUAGAUGAGGAGGCAUGGGAAUACUAUGCCAAGCAUCAACACGACUGCUUCACACCUUUGAAGAAGGUUUUGGCAAGCAUGGAUGCCGGUGAGGUGUUGAGCAACAACGAUUGGAAAUCACUCCGGAGCCAAGUCUCGAUGCUGUACCGUGCUGUCCUCGCACAGGCAGACUUCAUUGCCACUACACCUGUUGCAGCGUAUGGUAGCUUUUCAAAGCUCUUCCGACCCGACGUGGUGUUUAUCGAUGAGGCUCCCCAUGCCCGAGAGCUUACUACGCUGAUUCCAAUCGCUUUCUUCGAGCCAAUCGCCUGGGUUCUUACCGGUGAUGUCAAACAAACCCGACCAUUUGUCAAGAGCGGCGAUCGACGUGACGCCGAGAAGAAGGGACUAAAGUUCAACCCUCAUGCUGAGCAAAUGCGCGUGAGCCUCAUGGCCCGGGCAGAUAUGGUGGGCGCCAUCAACAGCAAGCUUCUGGUGAACAAGCGUGCAUUUGGGAACCUUCACAAGCUUCCAUCCACUCUAUUCUAUGAUGGUCAGAUGAAGUCUGGUUACACCGAGGCCGAGAAGUAUCCCGCCACUGUCCAAUACCUGAAGGGAUAUCUCGAAAAGUUGGGCGAGGGCAAGAAGAACCUGAACGAGAACCGCGCCGUCGUCUCUUUGGCACAAAGCCGAGAAGAGACUCACCGAAGCAGUUUCUGGAACCCCGCUCACCACAACUGGGUUGUCGGCGAAGUCAAGAAGCUGUUGACGGACUCGAAGUUCAAGAGCCUGACAGACUCGACAAAGCCUGGGACCAUCAUGAUUCAGGUACCUUACAGCACCGCGAUGCGCCAGUACUUGGUGGAGGUCAAACAGUGGCCCGCCGAAUGGCAGGAGCGAGUCGAGGUCAUGACUGUCGACAAAGCCCAGGGGAACCAGGCAGAUGUUGUGUUUCUCGACAUGGUCCGAACCACAAAGGCGGGUUUCAUGAAUGAACCGCAGCGACUUAAUGUCGCAAUCAGCAGGGCUCGACAGGCUGAGGUGAUUGUAAUGCACUACCAGAUGACUUGGCGUACGAACCGAGGACGACCUGUUCGAGCUGAGUACACUUCCAAGAUCUGGGAUCAGGCCGUGGCGGAUAAUAGGCUGUUUUCAAUCAAUGUUGAGAAGUGA